AUGGUGCAGGUUGUGGGCUUUGACAACCAGGACAACACCCGGAAGACGCAUCUGCAACAGCGAUCUUAUGAGUUCUCAGCUAGCACCACACAGUACGAGGACCAGACGCCGUCCGCGCUCUUCACGUUCGACAUCUCGCCGUUGGUGGUGCAGAUCACGACGGACAACAUUCCGUUCUACCACUUCAUCACCCACCUGUGUGCAGUGAUUGGAGGUGUAUUCACCAUUUUGAGCCUUGUGGACUCGGGCGUUUUCCAUGCCAUGAACUCCAUCAAGAAGAAGCAGCAACUGGGCAAGCUGUCGUAG